AUGGCUGAGGCGGCUCCGGCUCCGGACUGGCAUUUGGGAACUGACUUCCAGCGAGAGGCCCAGGUCCAGUGCGCGGAGAUCUCCCUGCUGGCCAUCUUGGCUGCUGUUCAGGCCAUGGAGAAGAAGAUGGAGUCCCAGGCUGCCCGGCUGCAGAGCCUGGAGGGGCGCACAGGCACGGCCGAGAAGAAGCUGGCCGACUGCGAGAAGACGGCCGUGGAGUUCGGCAACCAGCUGGAGGGCAAGUGGGCCGUGCUGGGCACCCUGCUGCAGGAGUACGGGCUGCUGCAGCGGCGCCUGGAGAACGUGGAGAACCUGCUGCGCAACAGGAACUUCUGGGUCCUUCGGCUGCCCCCGGGCAGCAAGGGGGAGGUCCCCAAGGUGCCCCUGACUUCCGAAGAGGUGGCCGCUGUGUGCUCGGAGCAGCAGUGGGGCGGCAUGGCAGCGUGGCAGGAGGCGCUUGGCCGGCACGUGGUCUGCCGCCCUCAGGGCCCCCUCCUCUCUCCCUCAGAAGCAGGCCUGCUGGAGUCUGCACCAGGACUUCUGCCCUGGAUCAAACAAGAGGAAGAGGCACACGGGAGGAAGCCGCAGGUUCCGCAGGGGAUGGCUGCUAUGCACCUGUGCUCAGAGACCUGGCUGCUCAGCAGAGAGAAGAGGAGCCUGGAGGAGGAGCCCCAGGGGCCAGAGCCAGCCUGGGCAGCGGAGGGGGCGCCUGGCAAGGAGGGCUCUGGGGGGCUCACCUGUGGGAAUCUGCUUCCUGCCCCCAGCAAGAGGGAGGUGGCCUCCCUGCCCCCAGGUCCCCAGAGCCAGGCCGUGCCAGCUGCUGGGGUCACAGAGCAGCGCUCUCCCUGUGCUGAGUGUGGACAGAGCCUUGACCAGGAGGAACUCAGUGCACCGCAUGAGCAAGCCCACCCUGGUCCCCAGCCCUUGGCCUGUGCUCAGUGUCCCCAGAGCUUGGCACAGCAGGCCACUCUCACCAGCCGCCGGCCCGCGCACAGGACCCAGCGCGCCUACACCUGUGCCCAGUGCGGCAAGAGCUUCGUGCACCAGUCCACGCUCACCACACACUACCGCACGCACACCGGUGAGAAGCCCUACGAGUGCGCCGAGUGCGCCAAGCGCUUCGGCCGCCUGUCCACGCUGCUGGAGCACCGGCGCACGCACACGGGCGAGAAGCCCUUCCCGUGCGCCCAGUGCGGCCGCCGCUUCGGCCGCCUGUCCACCCUGGUGGAGCACCGGCGCACGCACACGGGCGAGAAGCCCUUCCCGUGUGCCCAGUGCGACAAGCGCUUUACACGCCUGGCCAACCUGACCGUGCACCAGAGCGUGCACGCGGGGGAGCGUGCCUUCCAGUGCGCCCAGUGCGGCACCCGCUUCACGCACAAGCCCAGCUUCCUGCGGCACCUGCGCGGCCACUCGCGAGAGAAGCGCUAUCCCUGUGGCCAGUGUGGCAAGAGCUUCACCUGUCGCUCCUGGCUGCUACGCCACCAGGGCAGCCAUGCCAGCCAGGCCACUCCUUCUUGUGUGGCUUGCGACAGGGGCUCCCCAAGCCCUGAGCCAUCCAGGAGCCUCCUCCAAGGUGCGGUAUGGGGGAGGCCCGCCUGCGACCCUGCAGCUACAGCCGGGUCUGAGGGUGCCCUGACGGGGUGUGACCCCGGGGUAUGCCGGGGAGGCAGGCGACUGAGUGACAGGGGUCAGGAAGGUGUGGGGGUGACCUCGCGCAGUUCGCUGUCUCCUGUGAAGAUGGAGAGUGCAGGGUAGCGCCCAGAGAUCUUUGACGGGGCCAGGGAGGGCUCAGGCCACUGGCGUCCUGGACUCCAAGCCGACCUUAUCUAAGGACACUUGGCUGGGUCAGGGCGUCCUGUGCAGGAUGCCACCACUUCGCCAAGAAGGACCGGGCUCCUAGGGGCUGCAGGGCUGGCAGAGGGCCCAAGGGGCUUCUUGCUGCAGGGGUCAUGUGUGGAGGCAGGGCUGAGGUGGAGGGAGUCGUCCCAGUCGGGCCUCACUAGAACUGGCCAGGGGGAGGACUUGCUUGUGCCUUGUUCUGGUAAGGAAGUGACUGGGGAAAUGGCAGUGACUCAGUGCUUUGAAGGGGGGGGGGGCUGCUGGCACCCUUUGCCAUACCCCCUGCUGCCCGCUGAUAGCCAUGCAGAGGCCACUGUCCUU